AUGCAAAUCCUGCCCCACACCUUUCACCCCUUUUGGCACAAACACCACCCAACUUUUGGCCCCUAUACUUUUUGUCCUUCCACACCCUGUACUUGCUCCUACCGAACAAUUAUCUCAACCGCCAUUCCCGCCCCAGUUGUGGUACUCGUCUCUCCGUGUCAACACCCAGCUAUGCAGCCAUCUCCUUCCUCCACGUGCAACGGCAUCGAUGAAGCCACUCAGACAUCAAUCGUAUCGGAAGAGAGCGAUACAUCUACCACUACCUCAAGCAUUCUAUCGGACCCGACACUCCCCCAACAUGCACACGACGAUACACCGACGGAGACUGCUGAGAGGUUCUCAAAGUGUGUCUUCCCAGUGCUUCAAAGCAAGCUGAAUAGCAAGAUUCAGAGGAGCAGGUUGGUAAACCGAACAAUUCGGAACAAUCUAGCCAAGUUUGAGGAUUGCGAUAAGUAUCUGAAUACAUUGAAGACAAUGGAGAAAGAGCUGGAAGCAGAGAAAGAAAAGACAUCCGAGCUUGCGGCAUUGUUGAGACAGGCUGCGAAAAAGCUCACGGCCUCGGUCGGCGAUUGGGAGAAGAUGAUGCGCGAGCAUCUGGAGUAG